CUGAGGGGGGCGUUUCAAAGGUAAAAGUCAAAAAACAGAUCAAGACAAUCGUGGCGGAUUUAGAGAACGUCCUGGGAAAUUUGAAAGAUGUGGCAAAAGAACUGAAAGAGGUGGUGCAUGAGAUUGACAGCCUGACGAGCAGCCUGCGCCUGGAGGAGGAGAUGACGGACAGCUCCAAAACAGACACGCUCAACAGCAGCUCCAGCAGCACCACCACCACCACCACUGCCUCCAGCAUCGACAAGAUGAUCAGGACCUCGCCGCCACGCCUGGACGAGUGCCUGUGUCGACCGCCGCCACUCCCAUCGCUCCCAUCGCUCAACUCAGGUGUUUUGACCGUUUUGAGAAAGCCCCACCCUCCGCCUCCACCCCCGCGCCUCACCCCACUUCGGCCAGAGGACCACCACCACACUCACGCGCGCAGCCGCAGUCCCGGGCGCAUGGUCAACGGCACCCUCAUCCGGAACGGGACGUUUCCCGGAAAGCCGACGGCGCUCCACAAUCUCGAAUCCUGCUGCCUGCCUCGACCAAUCCCUGUGGACAACAGUAAAGCGCUGGUGCCCAUUGUGCCAUCUCAGCCCCCCGUACCCGUACCCGCGCUGCUGCCUCCAGUGCUUUCCAGACACGAGAAGAGUCGCUGUUUGCAGUUCUCCACGUCCAUGGCACCGCCAACAACAAACGCUGUGGUCCCGACAGUAGCUGCAACUCGGGAAAGGGUUCGGUUCAGUGAGACUGUGCAGUACCACGGCUAUUGCCCCGACUGUGACUUGCAGUACGACGAAGAUCACACAGAACUCCACCUCCAUGACGGCAUCCUUGAGGAGGAAGAGGAGGAGGAGGAGGAAGAGGAGGAGGAGACACCUCUUAGUCCCACACAUCAUCAUCACCACCGCUGCUUCGCCUCCACGCCUUCGCCUCCUCCACACCCGCUCCCACUGGAGAAUGGAGGAGGUCUCAGCUCGAGCCACAGCUUCCCGCCAGGUGGACUACUCCCCUUACCGCCGCCCUGCACACCCCACCACGCCCAGUCCUCUUCCUCCGUGGCCAGCUCCACUCUCAAGCCUGUGCCCAAGACCAUCUUACGCAAGUCCACCACCACCACCGUUUGACGUAGGCCUGCCUCUGUUGAGAAUGGAUACCGUAAGCAUAGUUGUGGACGCUUGGCUAUUUUUGGAUAUGGAAUAGUUGUCUAUUUUUUACAAACUCUUCUCUAAAAACGAUGACGUUCGGCACGUUAUCGAUCAGCCCUCCAUCAGCAGAGAGGGAGCUUGAAGGGAGAGUGAUCUCACACUGGUCCUGCCGUUAACCUAGAUGGUUCUGUCAGUGUUUGGCUAUCUGCUCUUUCAAUGAGAACGGUGGGCCACGUGGAUGGAGGAGGGAGAGGAGCUACCGUUGUUUCACAGCUAAAGGAAUUCUUCCAGUCACAUCCACACGGCUCCAAAGUGUCACCUUCUGGAUGGCCAGAAAAAGUAUUACAUAAUUAUGCAACAAAUAUCACACACUAUUGAGAUGAUUUCUUUUUGUUUUACUGAAGUAUAUUUGAUGGGCUUUUGAGCCUUACUGUAUUCCACUGGAUAGUGAUGACCAGACAGGAAAUAAGUGGGUGAGAAAGAUGGGGUAGGUUUGGGAAACGACCCAGGCCAGAUUUGGACCUGGUCCCGAUGGGCAGUGAGCACUCCCAUUGAGCUGAUU